CGAGACUUCAUAAUCGAGACUUCUCGAAGUACCCCAUUUCUGAACGAACGCUUGUGGAAGGCACAUCAUUUCCGGUCGCUCUACCCAGUGCUGUCUGUCGUGUAUGACCGUGUGUUACGACAAAGUGGAUAGUGGACUGUCAGUCGUGUGGAAUUUGACAAGGUAAAAGUGGACUGAACUAGUGCACGUAGGAAGUCACAAAGAUGGCAUCGACUAGUAAAGGGAUUCUCGCAUGCAGUGUUCUGCUGCUGUGCUUUUCUGUCGGGUGUUGCGAGUUUUUCACCGCUCUGUCUGACUUGGAACGGCUUGUACACAAAGAAUCCGAGAUGGUUCAGUCAUUAAAACAGUAUAUUCUAAUGGAACAGGCAAAGCUGGAUGAAUUAAACAGAAUGGCGAGUGAAUUAGAAGUUAUGUCACUGAAAGCAAGUAAGGAUCCUGAGGAAUACCUUCAUCACCCCGUCAAUGCGUUCUUACUUGUUAAGCGACUUUUAAGCGAUUGGAAUACAAUAGAAGAGACCGUAAAGUAUAGUCAUGCAGACGAAUAUGUACGUAAUAUAUCCGACCAUCAAGAAUGGUUUCCAGGCACUGAAGAUCUAACAGGUGCAGUGAAUGCACUCUUCCGACUUCAGGACACGUAUAAACUGGAUUCGUCUGAUAUUGCAGAGGGACGAAUCAUCGGGGCGACCGAUAGUCCCACACUCAACGCCCAAGAAUGUUUUGAGUUGGGUCGUGUUGCAUACGUGGCCGGCGAUAACUACCAUACUGUAAUAUGGAUGAAGGAAGCGUUACGACAGUUAACAACAAACAAUUCUUCUGAUGAAGCCACUAUACUAGAUUACCUAUCGUAUUCUACCUACAUGGUAGCCAUUCUAAUUGGUUCAAACAUUGUAUUCUUAUUAGAUCCAGAGCAUGUUAGGGGACUCGGAAACAAAGCAUAUUUUGAGCAAGAAUUAGCUAAGUAUAACAGACAAAGAGGUGAUGAUGCAGACGUACCCGGAGAAGAAGAAAAAGAAUUUCUAGAAAGUCACAAACCCCUAAAUGAUUACCUACCAGAAAGAGAAGCAUAUGAAGCAUUGUGUCGAGGAGAGCAAGUCAAAAUGUCACCACAAAGGCAAAAAAAACUGAAAUGUAGACUGCGAGAUUAUAAUCGCCCGUUUUUAAUACUGCAACCAGCGAAGGAAGAAGUUGUGUUUGAUAAACCUAAGCUCAUAAUCUUUCAUGAUGCUAUACUCACCAAUGAAAUCAGAAAAGUCAAAGCAUUAGCUUCACCUCGGUUGAGGCGGGCCACCAUUCAGAAUUCAGUGACAGGCAAUCUUGAAUUCGCUGAAUACCGCAUAAGUAAAAGUGCUUGGUUAAGUGAAGAUGACGGCGAUGUGGUGCAUAGAUUAAACCACCGCAUUGAGCAAUACACAGGAUUAACCAUGGAUACUGCAGAGGAGUUACAGGUCGCCAAUUAUGGUCUGGGUGGUCAUUAUGAGCCACACUUUGAUUUUGCGAGGAAAGAAGAGAUAAAUGCCUUCAAAAGUUUAAAUACUGGAAACAGGAUUGCCACAUUUUUAUUUUAUAUGAGUGAUGUGGAAGCUGGAGGAGCGACCGUAUUUCCACAGGUCGGUGCGAGGCUUAUACCAGAAAAAGGUUCUGCUGCAUUUUGGUAUAACUUAUUAAAAAAUGGCGAAGGUGAUUACUCUACUCGACACGCAGCGUGCCCUGUACUGGUUGGAUCUAAAUGGGUUUCAAAUAAAUGGAUCCAUGAAAGGGGUCAGGAAUUUCGACACAAGUGUGGAGCUACAGAAGAGGAAGUGUAGAUGAAGUCGUCAGCUCGGGAAUAAUGAUCUCUGUAUCCAUCUGUGAUUUAUCAUCGACAUACACAAUUUCAGUUCCAAUUUGUCUUCCACACAAACCGUUGUAUUCUUUCUAUAUUUCUU